AUGCCGUUGAGUUUAUUUUUUGCUAUAGGAACCACCACAAUCAUAACGUUAGGAGUAUCGUUUUCUCUUUUAUAUGCUUAUCAAACCGAAUUACUUUAUCCUGCAAAAUGUCAAGAGAAGUCGAGAGAAUUUGUUGUGCCUAAUUUUGGUGAACAGAUUCCAUUCACUGAAACCAUAUUAACUACAAAUGAUAAGAUAAGAAUUCGUGCAUAUAUUUGCAAGCAACCUAUCACAACUAUCAAUGAAGAAGUAGAAGAAGUUAUGGUUGAAAAGAUUACAGUCUUGGCAUUACAUAGUCAAAAGUCUACAAUAGUAGAAAAGUUGUAUAAAGAAUUCAAGUGUAAUGUAGUUUUACUUUCUUAUAGAGGAUAUGGAAAAAGUGAUGGAAAGCCAACCGAAGAUGGAAUAAAAAUAGAUGCACAAACUGCUUUAGAUUAUAUAAAGAAGCAUUAUAUUCUUAAAAAUACCAAAGUUGUACUGUAUGGUAGAUCGCUUGGUGGAGCUGUUGCAAUUGAUCUGGCAUCCAAGAAUGAAGAUAAAAUUGGUGGAUUGAUAGUUGAAAAUACAUUUCUAAGCAUUCCACAAUUAGUGACAACACAUUUUACACCAUUUCAUUAUUUAACAUUUUUAUGUUCACAAAUAUGGCCAUCCCAUCAAUCAAUCACCAAACUUCACACCAUUCCAAUACUCUUUUUGUCAGGCAAACAAGACAAAUUAGUUCCUCAAUCGCAAAUGAAGUCGUUAUACGAUUUGACAAAUACAAAGUUGGGAAAGUGUUGGAAAGAAUUUCCAGGUGGUAGACAUUCUGAUAUGAUUUCUCAAUCGGGUUAUUUCGAAACGAUUGGAGAGUUUUUGAAAAGUCAUGUCGAAUUACAACAUCAUGACACAGACUUGUAA